CCCAGCCCGCGGCACUUCCCGAUUAGCACGAUUGGCUACGCACGGUGCGAACGAGCUUCAGCGUACACGCGCACUUAACUGUCUAAACUUUGCUGAAAGCCAUGUCCAGCCUUGCGAGCACGGCGCUCUGCAGCAGCACCCCGUGGCUGCUGCUUCUGCUGCUGCUCCUGUUGCCUGCAAUUGCGCCAGCGUUUGCUCAAGUACCCAGCAGCAACUACACAUGCGCCUUGGACAUACGGUUCGCCGAACACCAAGUCUUCAAGGCAAGGAUUGGCAUCCCUGUGAAUCCAUCAAUCCUUUGUCGUGGAAGUCAAAGAACACAAAUGAUCAAGGAUGUUCAGAUGACUUGUGACCCUGGUGCUGCAGAUGGAAACUCAAUCAUUAAAAUGGAACAAAAUCCAGAGAGCCUGGACUCUUUUAGAUAUAAAUUGGAUUGUGGCAAACGAUUAGAAGAUUCUGAACUGAAUUAUGCAGUUAUGUUUGUUCUCUCCACAACACCGCUGAUGAGUAAUCCACGCAAUGUACACUGUGACUACCACUUGCACGUGUGUCACGGUGAAGAAAAAAUGUCGUGGCAUUUUCACGUUGCAUUGCCAAGUUUUAAACUAAAACUAUUGUGCAAUACUAUGUUACAACCAUCCGUGAGCAGAUAUUGUGACAAUGAAGAAAAUCCAACCAAGCUAAACAUGACUUACAAGAAUCCAGAUCUGUAUAUUUGCGGAUGGAAUUUAGUGUGCCCAAUCGAUGUGGCGGGACCUGAUCCCACCCCUUCCAACAAAAAAAACAGCGGUUGCGUCGUAGGCACUGAAAUGGCAUGCGGUGCUCUUAAACUCCACCCUGGCUGCAUUGCUCCAUUCAUCAUCUUCCUCUACAUUCUAGUCCAGUCGGGUUAACUGGCUGCAGCAACAUCUGCAUUACAAGGGAAUGAUGGAACGCACGCACGAGUUGAAAAAGGCAUUGGUUUAUACAGUAUUGAAGUAAACACACACACACACUAUACAUUUUGAUUUAAAGCUUUCGUGACUGCAGAGAUUCAUAUUCUUGGUUCUUUCGGUAAAGUCAUGUAGAAGGGAAACAAUG